AUGCACGCGAUCGAGCAGUCAACGUUAGAAGACUCCUGCAGUGCUGAAAAGCACGCAUCCUAUCACCACAUAACGAGAUCGGUCCCAGGAAUGAAAAGUCUCCUACCGUUGAGACUGUUGUCUCCGAUCGAUGUUUGGCCGUCAUCUGCUCCUCAUAACCGAUCGACUUUCGGGAUGAACAUUGUUUCAACCGAUGAGGAUGGAGAUGGAAGCUUACCGGGAAAACUAGCCGACGAAAAUGACUUGGAAUCGAGAGCUGAACAUCAUCGUCUGAAGCCGUAUCGCGAUGUCCCCAUCUACUCAGAACCCGGAUCGCCUCUCCUCAACCGUGCCUACCUUACCGACGAGGAAGUCCAUUCCAAUUGUAGCACAUCUGAAUCCGAGGAAUGGUUCGAAAUCUAUGAUUACCUGGGGAUGGAGCGUGAAGCUUCAGAGUGUGUUGAUGAAUCCAGUACAAUCAAGGUAGCUCUCAUCACUAUUUUUGACUACCGUAUCAAUGCUGAUCUGGAGCAGGGACCUAUAGAAGACGAAGUCCAGGACGACCUCAAGACUGUUUCAGAACCAUCAAAACACCGCACGUCACCAAUGGACCGCAACUCGGCGAUGUCUUUUCAAUGCUCUGGCGAAGCCGAGGCGCUCUUUUCCAAUGAAGCUGCAUGGCUCCGAAGCCCGUUGAGCUAUCAUCAUCCUGGAAAAGCUUCAAGGCUGCUACUUCGAAGUUCAAGCGUGCCGUUCGAGCAAAAUGUCGAAAGUUGGCUAAGUGAUACAAGUAGCUGCGGGGAUGAUCGUGAAGAUUUGUUGUCUCGCGCCACAUGCCUUGCACCUGUCAAAGCCCAUGUGAUCGACGUCAAUUCCAACCGCCCAUCUGACCUCUCAAUUCAAGUUCCGCCCAGGUCAUCGUCUUUGGUCGGGACUACCAUCAUUCAUGUUCCCUCAGAGAACAAUCGAGAUAGUUGGCUGUAUUCUGCGUACAGCCCGCCAGCCACCCCCUCCCAGCCGUGGACGUGCGUCCAAACUAGUUCACCAAACCCAAAUCUGUUUCAGAGAGAAUUCGAUCCUCAUAUGACCAAAAGACGCCUCGAUCUCGCUAUGACGAGUCCGCCUGACUCUCCACCGCAGGGUUACCGUGACGCCUUGGGCGCGCCACCAACUUGGGGGACACCAACCUCCACAAGUCCUGAGCAAAAAGCAUACGACGGCGGCCAAUCUACGCAUGCCGAUCAGGCCGGAUUGGACGCCGAAUCCAUCAAUAAUAUUCUCACGGCACUUGAGAACCUAACUUCUCACCUUCCUUCCGGCACAUUGCAGCCUGACACGCCAUGCAUUCGCGCCAUUCGUUCACAACUAGUACCACCCUCAGCUAUACACCAACAGUCAACCCCAGCAAACGCACUACAUAUACACCCCUUUCCUCACCCAUCCCCUCCACCACCAGACAUCACCCUCAACCGCCGCAAAACAACAAAUUUCUCCAAACCGCGCCGCAUGCCAUCAGCCGCAACCUCGAAAUCCUGCCCGGUUCCGCGAAACCCCCCACCACCCACACCAUCCCUUCCAAACCUCCACUUCCCACACCCAAACCCAAACCCAAACUAUCAGCAACCCCUCAGGCUUCCACCGCCAGAUACGCAACCGCUUCACCGCAUCUUCCCCAAAUCCUCAAAAUUCAUGCGCUCUUCGCUCUACGCAUACAUCCUCGCACACAUCUUCCUAAGUUCCCUUUCCACCCCGCCUGGGCAUGAGACACCGAGGUUCCCGAAAAAGAGAAGAGAUACGCCGUAUUGGCCAGCAACAGACGUGCCGUCCAAGGCGGCUGAUGUCCUCGGUAUUGCGUACCACCAACCUGUGAAUGAGGAUAUUGAUUUCAACAGCAGAGUGGAGGGAGUGAAGGACAGGAUCGGGAAAGCGAUUGCAGGCUUGGUUGUGGAGAUGGAAGUUGAUGGGUACCGAGAGGGGUUUGAUGCCGGGGUUGGGUUGUUGUUUAUCAAGAGCCUGGAGGAGGUGGUUAGGGGGUGUGAGAUGGAUGCUUAUCGGGCUUUUUGA